CAGGCAAUUUAAAUUGUGAAAUCUGUGCUAUGGUGAGAGGAGGUUUAGUAGGAGCUGUCGUGGGCUUUUUCUACCCAGUCAUUCUAGCGCUGCCUCUGAAUGGAUUGCUGGCUACAAGAUACUAUACUGCUCCCUUGCCAAACAAAGAAAAUGCAGUGCGAUUCUGGGUCAUGCUUAGCAAACCGGUUUUCAAGAAGAUGAGAUUUGCUGCUUUCAUCCAAGUUGCUUUUGGCGCGUACCUUGGCUCAAGACACCACGAUAUAUAUCUCAAAAUGAUCCGCAUGCCUCAACCUGGAAGGGAUCCCGAGGAAAUCGGAGAAUAAAACUUUUAAAAGGUG